CAAAUACAAAUACUGUUAUGACCGUUGUAAUCCAGUUUCUCGGCAAAUCGGGACAAGCUGCAGAAGGAGGAGCAGAACAGCGUGACCAACCAGCACACGCUGACGGUGAAGUGGCGGGGGCUUUUCCGGAAGGACUGCGCCAACGAGCUGCGGCACGACAUCGCCGUGCUCAGCCACACGUUCCAGAGGGUGAUGGGGCACAAGGACAGCAUCAUCAGGUGCCUGCUGGGAAACCUGAAGGAGAGCAAGCAGCAGACGUCGCACGCGCUGUCCUCAUACAUGCAGUGCAUGGAACAGCUCCUGGACCAUCAGAAGGACAGCGUGUUGUCCCUGGGGCGCCUGUGGAGCAGCAUGGUGGAGGAGAUCAGCCAGGACUUCAGUGCGGAGAGACAGCUGCUCCUGUCUGAGCAUGAGAAGGACUGCAAGGACUUGGAGGAGGUGAACUUCGCCAUUGACCAAUACCACAGCGAGGUGGACAGUGAUGUGAGGCAGGAUUUCCUGAGCACCUGUAUGGAUAUCGAGAACAGGAACACAGAGGACCGCAACACCCUGCGGGUCCAGCUGGAGGCGGACGUGGAGCACCUGUGGAAGGAGGUCCAGCGCACCAUCUGGAGCUACAACGAAAGCACAGAGGACCAGUACGUGGCCCUGGACUCGCUGCAGGCCCACGACAAGCUCUGCGUGGACGAGAUCGAGCUCCACGUGAAGAAGCUCCACAAGAUGCAGGAGUCCAUCGGCGCGCUGCGGGGCAGGCUGUCCUGCAUGAAGCGGGAGUGCUCUGGGCUGGAGGGUCUACGGGCGCUGAAGGACGCGCUCACCAUGGAGGGCCAGCAGCUCAAGGCCCAGAUCCGCGCCACCUGCUCCAGGGACAAGACCCGCCUCACCAACCUCGUCAAGCACUGCAGCGAGACUUCCAAGAAACUAAAGGCCGUCAUCCUCAAGGCAAGCCCGGGUUUACACACCCGAUAAACAAAGGCACGCACCUCUCCUCUGUAAAGAUAUCCAUGUACUGAAGCUUGUUUCUGCUCACAGGCAGGUAAUAUUUACUGAAUAUUUCCCAAGCUUCUCCCAGGCCCAGUCAGUUAAGUGCGUAAGUGGGUUCUUUAAAAAUAAUAGAUAGCUUAAAGAAACCAUCGAUAUCCUCAAAGCUAUGCUGAACAGCGUUCAAGGAUGAAAAUGUUGAAAUAGUAUGAAAAUGUGAUGUGAAAUGUUAAUAUGGAAUGCAGAUGCUGGUUCGACGCGUGAAAAACAGAAACAAAAUGAGGGCGGGUA